CGCCGCCGCGGGCGGCAAGAUGCUGGAUGGGCCCCUGCUGGCGCGCUGGCUGGCCGCGGCCUUCGCGCUGACGCUGCCGCUGCUCGCCGCGCUGCGCCCCUCGGCCGCCUACUUCGGGCUGACGGGCAGUGAGCCCCUGACCAUCCUCCCGCUGAGCCUGGAGACCGAGGCGGCCGCCCAGGCGCACUACAAAGCGUGUGACCGGCUCAAGCUGGAGCGGAAGCAGCGUCGCAUGUGCCGUCGCGACCCGGGCGUGGCGGAGACGCUGCUGGAGGCCGUGAGCAUGAGCGCCCUGGAGUGCCAGUACCAGUUCCGCUUCGAGCGCUGGAAUUGCAGCCUGGAGGGCCGCUACCGGGCCAGCUUGCUCAAGCGAGGCUUCAAGGAGACAGCUUUCCUGUAUGCCAUCUCCUCGGCUGGCCUGACGCACGCUCUGGCCAAGGCCUGCAGCGCCGGCCGCAUGGAGCGGUGCACCUGUGAUGAGGCACCCGACCUGGAGAACCGGGAGGCCUGGCAGUGGGGCGGCUGUGGCGACAACCUCAAGUACAGCAGCAAGUUUGUCAAGGAGUUCCUGGGACGGCGCUCCAGCAAGGAUCUGCGUGCCCGGGUGGAUUUCCACAACCACCUCGUGGGUGUGAAGGUCAUCAAGGCCGGGGUGGAGACCACAUGCAAAUGCCACGGAGUGUCAGGCUCCUGCACUGUGCGGACAUGCUGGCGGCAGCUGGCCCCCUUCCACGAGGUGGGCAAGCGGCUGAAGCACAAAUACGAGACGGCGCUCAAGGUUGGCAGCACCACCAACGAGGCCACCGGCGAGGCAGGCGCCAUUUCCCCGCCCCAGGCCCGGGCGGCGGGGGCAGGCGCCACCGACCCCUUGCCCCGCACACCAGAACUCGUGCAUCUGGAUGACUCGCCCAGCUUCUGCCUGGCUGGCCGCUUCUCCCCAGGCACGGCUGGCCGCAGAUGCCACCGUGAGAAGAACUGUGAGAGCAUCUGCUGUGGGCGCGGACACAACACGCAGAGUCGGGUGGUGACACGGCCCUGUCAGUGCCAGGUGCGCUGGUGCUGCUAUGUGGAGUGUCGCCAGUGCACCCAGCGGGAGGAGGUUUACACCUGCAAGGGCUGAGGCCCCCUCCUGUGCCGCUCUGGGGCCCCCAAUACACAGGGCACACAGGUCAAGAGCUGGGCAGAAGCCCCUGUGGCCUGCUGUGCUGCCCAUCCCUUCCUUCUCCUACCCCACCCAAAGCCCAGAGAAGGAGGCAGCCGUGGUCUGCCCUCCGUGCCCACUUGUGACACCAUGCUUUCCAAACAGGGUCCUGGUCUGUGUUGCCAGUUUUGGGGACUCGAGUCCCACCCUACCUCUGGCCUUCCUCUGAGGAAUGGCCGGGGCACUUUCUCGACCACCAGGCCUUCUGUGCCUGCCCAUGAGCUGAGCUCUGCUGUGGAGACAAACCACUAGGAGAGCCGCGGCCUGGCCGCCGGACAUGGAGCACUUCCCUUCGGAGUGAGAUCAGCAACUUAAGUUAUUUUAUUUAACUAAUAUAUUCUCCUUCUUUUCCUGUCCCCACUACAUCCAUGCCGCAUGCUGGAAGGCCAGUCUGGAAGGGUUCCCCACUGCCCCCCACAUGCUUCUUCCUAGCCUCUGGGCCUGAUCUGCUUUU